AAACGUAGCAGACAAACCCUCAGUGAGUAAAAAAUAACCAUACGUACUUAUAUUCGAACAACAAUCACAGUAAUAGUAUGCAUUUAAAUUUUCAGUUGGUUGGAUCACCUUUACGUGAUGAUGAUAUAAACAUGGACGCUGGUAAAGAAUUGAAUAGUACGCAAGAAAUGAGCGAUGACAGUGAUGAUUCAUCAAGUGAAGAAGAAAGAUAUGAAUUAGAAAGUGAUGAUGAUGAUGAUCGAGAGGAAAAUGAUGGUGGUGGUGUUGAUUCGAAAUCGAAGUUUCAUUGUUAUGGUGUUUCUGUCUAUGAUAUUAAUAAUCAGUUGUCUGUAUGGCCAUUUUUCAUGGUUGUUAAUGAAAUGCCAUUGAAGUAUCGUUUCGAAUCAUCUAAUUUGAUAUUAUUCACUUGCUGGUCAGCAGAUAUAAAAUUAGAUAGGCAACGAAUGCAAAUACUAUUAAACAAAAUGGUGAAAAUGAUGCUUCUAUACGAACAUGGAAUAACAUUGAUUAAUCCAGAUGGCAUGAGUAUUAAAGUACGUGUGUUUAUGUUUAUCGGAGUUAUUGAUAAAGUAGCUCGUUGCAAAGUUGAAAAUCACAUUCAGUAUAACGGUGAGUAUGGUUGUGCAAUCUGUGGACAACCAGGUAUGUCAUCAAUUUUGGAACGGCGUUACUUUCUCUGCCAGGACUUAUUUUUUUGAAUGACCUUUCUUCUGCUUAUUUAGGGGGGAAGGUCCCUCACCCGUUUUUUUCCAGCAGUUUGUGGAAGACACUUCGAAGUAUACGUCUCAACAAAGCUUUCAGUUCCCGGAUUUAUAGGUUUUGAUAAAAAAAUUUUAAACUUUUUUUCGGGUUUUUUGCCUUAUUUGUAAAAUUUCAAAAAAAGCUUCAUUUUUUUAUAUGAAGAGUUGAUUCUAGCGUAGUUCGAUAGAGAACAUUAAUUUGUAUAAGGAGAAAAACUUUACAUCGUUUCCAAAUGAAGUUUGACGGAGAAAUUUAACUUUCACCUCCCCGAGGAAAUUUUAGAGCUAAAAGUAUUUUGAAAAAGGAUUUACGGCUAGUUUGGCUCAAAGCAAGCAUUUUGAAACAAAACUCUUAAUACAAAAUUUGUUCAGAAUCAAAUUCCGGAGUCCCUC